UAGUACCAAGUGUGCAAGUGUCGGAACUAUGGCGGUGACCAAGGAGCUUUUACAGAUGGACCUGUACGCGCUGCUCGGGAUCGAAGAAAAGGCAGCAGACAAAGAGGUGAAGAAAGCGUACCGACAGAAGGCCCUCUCCUGCCACCCAGACAAAAAUCCAGAUAAUCCCAGAGCAGCUGAACUCUUUCACCAGCUUUCUCAGGCCUUGGAAGUACUGACUGAUACUGCAGCCCGGGCUGCUUAUGACAAGGUCAGGAAAGCCAAGAAGCAGGCAGAGGAGAGGACCCAGAAGCUCGAUGAAAGAAGAAAGAGAGUCAAGCUUGACCUGGAGGCCCGUGAGCGAGAGGCCCAGGCCCAUGGGAGUGAGGAGGAGGAGGAUAGCCGGAGCACCAGGACACUGGAGCAAGAGAUCGAGCGCCUCCGAGAAGAGGGUUCUCGGCAGCUGGAGGAACAGCAGAAGCUGGUCCAGGAACAGAUCCGUCAGGACCGUGAACACAGGUUGAGAGGAAAAGCAGAAAAUACUGAAAGCAAAGGAACCCCUAAACUAAAGCUAAAAUGGAAGUGCAAGAAGGAGGGUGAAUCAAAAGGUGGCUACUCCAAAGACGUCCUCCUGCGGCUUUUCCAGAAGUAUGGUGAAGUUCUCAACCUGGUGCUUUCUAAGAAGAAGGCAGGCACUGCAGUUGUGGAGUUUGCUACUGUGAAAGCUGCGGAGCUGGCUGUCCAGAAUGAGGUAGGCCUGGUUGAUAACCCUUUGAAGAUUUCCUGGUUGGAAGGACAGCCCCAGGGUACAACAGGCCCCAUCCACCCAGGAUUGUCACAGGGCUCAGUGCUGUCCGAGAGGGACUACGAGAGCCUCGUCAUGAUGCGCAUGCGGCAGGCAGCUGAGCGGCAGCAGCUGAUCGCCCAGAUGCAGGAAGAGGACAAGGAGGGGCCACCCACAUAGCCCCUGGCUCUGACCCCUCCCACCUUACAGCCCUUUUUUUAAAACAUCACAAUAAACAUUUUUUU